UUGUUCCACAGAAAUUUCAGACACCUCCUAUGCAUUAAAUUUCACAUUCAACAUCAGUAGCGUCAGCAUGACACAGAACCCUGACCUCAGGAACGAUACCUACAGCCAUGUAAAGAGCAUCAUCAACAAUGCUUUAAACACACUUCUAAAUGAAGCUGGUGCAGAACCAUUUGAAUCCCAGAGCUCUAUCUUCACCAGAACUUCUAGAAACCACAUUAAUGGUGACAUGAUGUACCACUUCCAAGAUGGAGACACCAAAACACCAGCAGCUUUCCUGAAUGAGCUUACACCUGUAUUGGGGAAUGUCCUGAUAUAUAUUCGUCUAAUUUUUAAGAACUUCACCAGAAUACCUAGUGAGGCUGAUGUUCUUAAAUCUGCUAAUGCUCUUUUGGAUCCAAAGAUCAGAAGAGCACGAGAUCUUGUAACACAAAAACUAAGUGAUCCUGUGAGCAUACAGGAUGUCAAAUAUCAGAAAAUUGACAACAACUCAUAUGAUAUUAGCUUUGCAUUCCAAAUUAGCAAUGUAACCGUCUACAAGAACAUUCAGCUGAGGAACCAAACAUAUGAUUUAAUCCAAAACACCCUCAACAGCUUGCUAAAUGAUAUUUUAAAUGCGAAAGAGGCCACUUCAUUUGUCUUCCCACGGGCAAACUAUGAAUUUAAUGGUACAGAAAUUGUGGUUGAUUCAGAACACACCUUUGUGGAAAGUGACAUCAAGUGGACACCAAGUGAAUUUCUUUCUGCAAUACUCAACAUUAGAGUAUCAUCUACAACGGCUUCUCCAGUGACUACAAAACUUGUUGCUUUGACUUUAACAUCAACUCCAUCAAUAAUAUCUGGUUCAGCAGUGGUUCAGACCAGGAUGGUUUUCAGUUCCACCUCAUCAAUUCCCAGUAAAAAUUUGGUCCUCAAUUCAACUGAGACUCUUCUGAGUGCUAGACGCACAAACCUCGGUGACUCUGUAAAAGUGAUGAACUUUACUUAUGAGAAAAUUUCCGACACCAGCUAUGCAGUCAUCUUCAUAUUCAAUAUCAUUAACAUCAGCAUAUCAGAGAACCCUGUCCUCAGGAACACCACCUACAACCAAGUAGUGAGCAUCGUCAAUAAUGCUCUGAAUAUUCUUCUGAAUAAACCUGGUGCAGAACCAUUCAAACCGCAUAACUUUUCUUUCACGAGUUCAGAAAACCAGGUUAAUGGUGACAUGAUGUACAGCUUCAAAGAUGAAGACACCAAAACUCCAGCAGCCUUCCUCAAUGAGAUUACACCUGUAUUGGGGAAGGUGCUGAUAUAUAUUCGUCUAGUUUUUAAGAAUUUGACCAGGGUACCUAGUGAAGCUGAUGUUCUCAAUGCUGCUAAUGCUCUGCUGGAUGCAAAGAUAAGAAGAGCACGAGAUCUUGUAACACAAAAACUGAGUGAUCCUGUGAGCAUUCAGGAUGUCAAAUAUCAGCAAAUUGAUAACAAAUCAUACAUUAUUAGCUUUGGAUUCCAAAUCGGCAAUGUCACCAUCUCCAAGGACAUUCAGCUGAGGAAUGAAACAUAUAAUUUAAUCCAAACCACCAUCAACAACUUGCUGAACACUAUUCUGAAUGUCAAGGGUGCUCCUGAAUUUGUCUUCCCAUUUGCUAACCUCACGUUAACUGGUACAGAAAUUGUGGCUAAUUCAGAAUACGUCUUUGUGGAAGGUGACACCAAGUGGACACCAAGUGGAUUUCUGUUUGCAAUACUCAACAUUAGCGGUCUGUCGACUGUCACCACUCCUGCUGCUCAAACAGAACCUCCUGUCCAUGUAGUUCUGAGGCCCACAGUCCAAGCUCAGAACACCACCAAUGGAGGAAAUUCUGCAUGGAUCCUGGGCAUCAUUAUCCCCUGCAGUAUAGUCAUUAUUCUCAUACCCUGCUGGAUUCUACUCUGUUGUCUGUUGUGUGGCUGCUGUGCUGGUUUAAGGAGGCGCUACAACAGAAGAAGGUCCUACAACGUCCAAUAUGCAACACGAAAUGGACUCUUUUAAAAAUAAGAGUAAUUAAGUGUUAAAUAAUAGAACAUUUAAUAAUUAAUUGUGCUUAUUUAUUUAUGUAUUUAUGUCAUUAUUUAAUUCUUAUUUAUUUACGUAUUUAUUUAUUUUAACAUUAAUUCCAAAAUACUUGGUGUCAUGGAUUACUGAAAUUAUGCUGCAUACUUUAAAUAUUAUAUAUUUAAAAUAUUAAAAAUUAAAAUAUUAAAUUAAAGAAAAAAAAUAUAUACAUAUAUAUAAAUAUUCAAUCUUCUAUGUGCAUAAAUAUAUUUAUUUUGCCUGUUUAUUAAUGAUAUCUAUAAUAAAGCUUAUCAUAUUAUGUCUCAACAUGGAUAUUUUUCUUUUUUUGAUUGGUUAUUCAAUGGCAGGAAUCUCCGCCAUAUGUGGAACCGUUUUGUUCUGUGGCUUUUUAGGUUUUUUAUCUUGUUCUGUUACCUUGUUCAUGUGUUUUGGACUUCCCUGCCAUUGUUGAUUGUAGCUCACCCACCCUCUGCCUGUUUCUCAUUUUAUUUUGACACUGCUUCGUGGCUGAUGCUAUGGAAAUGCCAUAGAAAUAUAGACUGUGGUAUUGUGAUGGGGGAGUGGGAUGUUUACGUUUGGAUAUUUGGUUUUGAUUUUUUUUUCUUUCUCUAAUUGUUUAUCCUUUUUUCAAUAUAUGUUUAAUUUUUAUUAUAGUUAUUUGAUUGACCUUGUUAGUAGAUUGUGUUUUGGUCUUUGGUGAUGUUGUGUCUUCCCCUUGUGUUUGUAAAUGGACUGGUCCGUGGUUAUAAAUGUCUCCCUAUUGUUUCAUUUGGGAGGUCAGUUUUGUUCAGUUAAGUUGUCCUGAGUUUAUCAGUUUGAGCUUAGUUUUGAUUCUGUUAGCCUCCUUUAGAUGUAGAUGUUGUGGAUUUAUUAAACUAUAUUAUACUAUAUUAACUACAGUA